AUGGCGCCUUCAACGACCUGUGCUAAAUGUUUUAAGGAUUUGCAUAACAAAGACUUCUUGUGUUGUCAAACCUGUAAAUUAAAAUACGACCUCGACUGCGCGGAGGUCUCUCCUGGGCGGUUCGCUGAUAUGUAUGCAAGACAAAAAGUGGCGUUCAAGUGUCCUGCGUGCACACGAAAACUUCUUAAAUCGACAGGGUCAUUGCAAACGUCUAACUCAGAAGAUAGCGCCCACGAUCCGAGCUCUGAAGACUCGAGUCCGAAAACAUUCGUAGACAAUAUUACAUUGCGCCCGAAGGCCGCCGGUAAGCCCUACUCUAAAGCACCGAGCCAAACAGUGGUCACCGAAGAUAAGCUAAGGGAUAUUCUGCAACACGAAUUGUCAUCUAUUCUUACUGCGACGAUUAAGCAACUUGUAACGACUGAGAUCAGCAAUCUUUCAGAACAGUUUUCUAGUUUCCAGGAAUCGAUCUCUCUCUUGAAUCUGCAACUUAACGAAUUGAAGGCUUCAAAUGAUGAAAAAAACAUUAUUAUUGCAAAUUUAACAGCGGACAAUGAGAAGCUGAAGUCUUCGCAUGCAGACCUUCAAAAAAAACUGAGCUCUGUCGAACAACAUAUGCGUGCGAAUAAUAUUAUUAUCAAUGGUAUUCCGGAGACCAAAUCUGAAAAUUUGUUUGACACCGUGUGCAAAAUUGCCAAUUCUGUGGACUGUCCGCUUUUGCCCAACGACUUGCAUCACGUAACAAGAAUUUCGAAAAAUAAAGAAUCCUCGAGUAGACCUCGGUCAGUAGUAGUGAAGUUACAAAGCCCUCUUUUGCGCGACACCUUUAUUGCGGCUGUAAGCAAAUUUAAUAAAAAUAAUCCGCGUGACAAACUAAACUCGCGACAUCUUGGCAUUAGUGGAAUGAUAAAUCCUAUCUUCGUGUCUGAGCAUUUGACGCCUGAAAACAGUUCUCUUUACUCUGCUACUCGAAUUAAAGCGAAGGAAUGUCAAUAUAAGUUUGUAUGGAUCCGCAACGGGCGCGUUUUUGCAAGAAAGAAUGAAAACAGCAGAGCCCUGCUUAUCAGUGAUCGUGAAUCGUUAGAUAAGAUAGUUUAG